AAAAUACAGUGCUGUUACUUCUAUUACUUCUCGUCGCUACGAGUAUUAUUCACCUUGGUUAGAACAUUUUUCUUUUGAACUAUUUCUGUACAACGACUGCAGCACAUUUUUUUGCAACGUGACCACGACCCAUGACCGUUUUGGAGCUACUUGUAACUGUGCUCAUCUGUGCUUUUCUUGUCUCCCAGUUUGAGAAUGGCAACAAGAAGCGUCGUCAAGAGAAAAAGAAGCGUUCCCACGCUGUCCGUCAACGUGAUCUUAUGUCGACUCAACGAUCAAACGCUAACAGAAAUGAAAACACAGAGAAGUCAUCAUCCUUUGCACAAUCCGUGCAAUACCGAAAGCAACUGAGUUCUGGGCAGGGAGUAUUGACAACGGAAGACAAAAGCACUACGUACAUCAAUUCUAGAGCAGGAUCUGCCAGUAAGGAUGUAUCAGAUUUGGACAUGGAUAAUGCGGUAUGGGUUGAAUGUGUCGGCUUGAACCAGUCCGCACUUGUGGACAUUUUGACCAGAAAUCCAUUGAACAUUGCUGAUGAUGAAUCUGAUGAAGAAGAUGAUGUUUCAGCUGAGAUAGUUUGGGACUCAGACUACAUCGCCCUCAACAAAUCAGUCCAGUUUGAACAAGAUGAUGUUUCAUCAGAGUCUGAACAAGAUGAUGUUUCAGCUGAGAUAAUUUGGGAUUCAGACUAUAUCAAUCCAGCCAGCUUAGUGCAGUCUUAAAGUUCAUAUCCAUCACAUUCUCUCAGUCUGAUCAAUAGCAGUACUGUGAGGUCCAGGACCAUUCAGUCUCAGCUUUUGUGUGAAGUGCAAUUUUGGUGCAACUUCUUAAACCCUCGCUGUAUUGUUUCUCAAACUGCAAUGUUUGAAAACUACCUUUGAUGCAACAACAAUCAACCACAUCUUUAGAUAUUUUACCAGCUCAUGAGUAUCUAAAGAAUUCAACGUGACUUUGCUGAUAAAACUUGACUGUGAUGCUUGUACUCUGCAAUGAGGAGUCACUAUUGCAAUGCCUUCAACGAGGAUGCCUCAAGUGAACAAGUCAUGAACAGUUGAUUAGAUUAGAGCAAGUUUUGAAAUUUCUGUAUUAAUUAAUUGAAGCAAACACCAAGACACCAAGCAGUCUGAAA